CGAAUCGUCGACUUUCGUCCCCUUCCUUCACUCACACACACACACAUCAAAUUCCUCACCACCUCAUCCACGUGCCUCAACCUCCACCCUCCUCCGUCUCUCCACCGUCGCCGGCGUCUGAUCAUCAAUUCCUCGCCGCUUAGAUUUUCAACUCUCUUGAGAAACCAUAAAUAAUCAACUAUAUCUCUCUGUUUUGCUCGAUCUGUCGUGACAUUGAUUUGCUUUGUCGCGUUCAUCAGAUCGCCGGCGUGAAUCGCCGUUGCUACACGAUGAAACUCUCCGACGUUGGAUUAGACGUCGUGAAGACGCCGAGAUUGGUCAAAUUCAUUGCCUUUGCGCUUUUCUCAAUCUCAACCAUAUUCCUCUUCAACCACUUCUCAGAUUCCUUCUCUUACCCAUCCCUUCGUUUUCCCCUCACCUCCUCCAACGUCACCGAAGCUGUUCAGACCAAUAUAACCUCCGUCGCGGUGGCACCAUCUCCUCCACCGCGUCCGCGUCUCAAGAUUUCGCCUCCACCGCUUCCACCGACGGUGGUUAGGACAGGAAUCGUCGACGAGAAUGGUGCGAUGUCGGAUUCGUUCGAAAUCGGCGGCGUCGAUCCUGAUUCCGUCGAUGAGCUUAAAUCAGCCACCGGAAAUUCUUCGUCGGAAAGGGAAAAGGAAACAACCGGAGACGAUGAUUCGAAAGUUGGAUUCCGGAUUGAGAAAUUUAGUCUCUGUGACAAGACGAAGACAGAUUACAUUCCCUGCUUGGACAACGAGGAAGAGAUCAAGAGAUUGAACAAAAGCGACCGAGGAGAAAACUACGAGAGACAUUGCCCUAAGCUGAGCUUGGAUUGCUUGAUCCCGCCUCCAGACGGUUACAAGAAACCAAUCCCAUGGCCACAAAGCAGAGACAAGAUAUGGUUCAAUAAUGUGCCUCAUACACGCUUAGUGGAAGACAAAGGUGGUCAAAACUGGAUAAGAAGAGAGAAAGACAAGUUUGUGUUCCCAGGAGGUGGAACUCAGUUUAUUCAUGGAGCUGAUCAGUAUUUAGACCAGAUCUCUCAGAUGAUUCCUGGCAUUACAUUUGGAACACGCACCCGUGUUGCCCUGGAUAUUGGCUGCGGUGUGGCGAGCUUUGGUGCCUUUUUGAUGCAGCGUAACACGACAACCUUGUCUGUAGCACCAAAAGAUGUCCAUGAGAAUCAAAUCCAGUUUGCAUUGGAGAGGGGCGUGCCUGCAAUGGUGGCUGUCUUUGCCACACGGAGGUUGUUGUAUCCAAGCCAGGCUUUUGAGAUGAUCCAUUGUUCCAGAUGCAGAAUUAAUUGGACCCGCGAUGAUGGGAUACUUCUUCUUGAAGCUAAUAGAAUGCUGAGAGCAGGAGGCUACUUUGUUUGGGCUGCACAACCCGUUUACAAACAUGAGGAUAACUUGCAAGAGCAAUGGAAAGAAAUGGUAGACCUUACGAACCGAAUCUGCUGGGAGCUUAUCAAGAAAGAGGGAUAUAUUGCUGUGUGGAGGAAGCCUCUAAACAACAAUUGCUAUGUCAGCCGUGAAGCUGGCGCAAAACCUCCUUUGUGCAGACCUGAUGAUGAUCCCGAUGAUGUUUGGUAUGUGGAUAUGAAACCGUGCAUCACCCGAUUACCUGAUAAUGGCUAUGGGGCUAAUGUCUCCACAUGGCCUGCACGUCUUCAUAAUCCGCCAGAGAGGCUACAGAGCAUUCAAAUGGAUGCCUAUAUAUCUCGCAAGGAAAUUAUGAAGGCAGAGUCAAGAUUUUGGUUGGAAGUAGUAGAGAGUUAUGUGCGGGUAUUUCGCUGGAAGGAGUUCAAGCUAAGGAAUGUUCUGGACAUGAAAGCUGGUUUUGGAGGGUUUGCAGCAGCAUUAAACGAUCUCGGGCUUGACUGUUGGGUUAUGAACGUUGUUCCCGUAAGUGGAUUCAACACCUUGCCAGUUAUCUAUGACCGUGGACUUGUAGGGACUAUGCACGACUGGUGUGAGUCAUAUGACACCUACCCAAGAACCUACGACUUAAUACAUGCUGCAUUUCUUUUCUCUGUUGAGAAGAAGAGGUGCAACAUAACAAACAUUAUGGUGGAGAUGGACCGGAUGUUGAGACCAGGAGGAAGGGUUUACAUAAGAGAUUCACUAUCUUUGAUGGACCAACUUCAACAAGUGGCUAAAGCCAUUGGUUGGACAGCUGGUGUUCAUGACACCGGCGAAGGACCCCAUGCAAGCGUUAGGAUUCUCAUAUGCGAUAAACGGAUGUGAGAAAGAAAGAAAGAUACGGAAAUGGAAUCUGAUGAUAAGUCUGCUCAAAGCGACACUAGUACUGACACUUGACUUGUAGAAGGAAACGUGUUUAUACACUUGACGUGAGCCAUUUUUAUGACACUACUCCAUAGUAACACAGAGAGAGUUGUUUUUUUUUA